AAAUUUUCCCUUGAACAGGUUUUUGAGGGUGAGAGGAGUCUCACUAAGGACUGCAGGAGUCUUGGAAAGUUUGAUCUCAGUGGAAUCCCACCUGCACCCAGAGGUACUCCUCAAAUAGAAGUCACAUUCGAGGUCGACGCUAAUGGCAUCCUCAACGUUAAGGCUGAGGACAAAGGCACCGGCCGAUCGGAGAAGAUCACCAUCACCAACGACAAAGGCCGUCUCAGCCAAGAAGAGAUUGAACGAAUGGUUAAGGAAGCCGAGGAGUUCGCCGAGGAAGACAAGAAGGUGAAAGACAGGAUUGAUGCCAGGAACCAACUGGAGACCUAUGUGUACAACAUGAAGAACACCAUUAACGACAAGGAUAAGCUCGCCGACAAAAUCGAGAGCGAGGAGAAGGAGAAUAUCGACGCCGCUCUGAAGGAGGCGUUGGAAUGGCUCGACGAUAAUCAGAGCGCGGAGAAAGAGGAUUUCGACGAGAAGUUGAAGGAGUUGGAGGCGGUUUGUAAUCCGAUAAUCUCUAAGGUUUAUCAGAGGUCCGGCGGUGCUCCUGGUGGCGGUGGCGAAGAUAGCGGUGGCGAUGAUGACGAUGAUUCUCAUGAUGAGCUUUGAGCUUCUGAGAAAGUGCUUUUGAUGAUGGAAAGGAGACAAUCUUAGCUUUUGAUUUUGUUUGUCUCUUUGAUUUUGGAUAGAUGAGGAUGAAUGGGGAGAGAAUGGACUGAUGACUUACCUGCAGCGUGAUGGAUGUUAGUUGCUCGAAAAGAGUUUUUUUUUUUUCAGAACAAUUUCUUCUACGCUUAGUUUUUUUUGUAUUAAUGAUAUUUCUGUAAUUGUUUCUGGCAUUAUGAUGAA